AGAGAGAGAAAGAUAAAGAGAGUACUCCAGUCUCUGGAAGGAGAAACAUCAACCGGUCUGAUUUCAUCUUAUUUAUUUGGGAAUACACACCUUUAUCGAUCAAUAAGGAUACUUCCUUGCAGAGGGAACUUUGUGCAGCAUCCUUUCUAGCGGAAACGAGGACUAACUUGCUUUCUUUUUCCCAGGAUAUAAUGAUAUGAUCAUAUAUGAGCUGCUUUCAUUCACAAGUGGUAUUGUGGCUCCUCGGAUGCGCGAGGCACACGGUGUCCCUUCAGAAGAGAAAAAGCAAAAACAGGACGAGCUGCGGAAGGAAUACAAAUUAUACUUUUGAAAGAAAACGCUCCGAGAGGGAGAAGAAUGAGUAAAAAGUGCCGGUGAGGAGCCUUAAAAAAGCGAGGAGGAUUCAGUGUGUUCUGCGCCAGGCUGCUGUCAACUUCCUGAGGACUCAAAGGCAUACAGAAAAGUGUGAUCUGCGACUAUAAACGCAGGGAUGACAGUCAAACUGGACUUUGAGGAGUGUUUGAAAGACUCCCCCCGCUUCAGAGCUGAAAUUGAAAUUGUCCAAACCGAUGUGAGUGAACUCGAGACCCGAUUAGAAAAGCUUGUGAAACAAUGCCAUGCCAUGCUGGAGGCCGGCAGAGUCUACUGCCAGACCAGCAAGAGCUUCGUCAACGGCCUGCGGGAGCUGGGACACCAAUGCUCCGGGGAAAAGACCAUGGAGGAGUGUUUGGACAAAUUUUCCAAAAAGCUGUCUAUCAUCUUGGACGCCCAGGAGGAAGUGAUUGAAACCACACAGAAGACGGUCAAGACGAAGCUGCAGAACUUUGUGAAAGAGGAUGUCCGUCGGUUUAAGGAUGUACGCAAGGAGUUUGAGCGCGGCAGUGAAUGUCUGGAGGGGGCGCUGGUGAGGAACGCUCAGGCCCCUCGAGGGAAACCUCAUGAAGUGGAGGACGCCAGCAACGCUCUGCUGAACGCACGCAGGACCUUCAGGUCGGAGGCCCUGGAUUACGUCCUGGAGAUUAAUGUCAUUGAGGCCAAGAAGAAGACAGACAUCCUGAUGGCAAUGUUGUCACUGAUGGAGGCCCAGGCUCAGCUCUUCCAACACGGCCACCAGUCUCUCUCAGAAAUGGACGAGUAUAGACGAAAACUCAAUGAAGAGCACACUCAGUUUGUCCUCAACUCAGCCCGGGAGAAGAGGGACAUGGAGCAAAGACACGCAGCAAUCAAGAAGAAGGAUGUGUCCUAUGAUGACUCCAUCAUGGAUUUUAAACCUGACGCACCAAAUGGGAUCGCCAUGGAGGGAUACCUCUAUAAAAGAGCCAGCAAUGCCUUCAAGACCUGGAGCAGGCGUUGGUUUUCUAUUCAGAAAAAUCAGCUGGUGUAUCAGAAGAAAUUCAAGGAACAACCUACAGUUGUGGUGGAGGACUUGCGUCUCUGCACGGUCAAGCCUAGUGCAGACAACGAGAGGCGGUUUCUGUUUGAAGUGGUCUCCCCGUCAAAGAGUUGUAUGUUGCAGGCAGACUCCGAAAGGCAGCAGCAGGCGUGGAUGUGUGCCGUUCAAAACANGACACAUGGACUCAAAGAGGAAGAAACUGUGGCUAAAGGAGGCGGAGUCCAAAAAGAAAAGGGCUCCUCGACACUUCCCUCGGUUCAAUGGAUUCGAGGAGACAAGGAGACAUGGAUCCGGUCAAAGUACGUUGAUAAGAAGUUCAUCCAAAAGCUGCCCGAGACCGGCAGGCCGGCCCUGCAGCGGAGGAACCGAGCGCUCACUCAGGAGAGGAACACACAGCGGCCGCCGCUCAAACCCAAGCCGAACCGAGCCACGCUGCCUCGUCUCCCAGGUAAACACAGUCAGGACUGA